UUAUUUCCUAAAGACACACAGCUAAGGAAGCAUCAUCAGAGGCUGUUCAGUGUUAUUCAGCAGGAAAAGCUGGGAUUAUUCCUUAAGGAACAGUACAAAUGGGAACCAGAUAGUUCAAAAUUGCAUGGUUGUGUGCCUGAGAAAUGAGCAAAACCUUCAGCUCUGUCUGGAAGGUCACUGUGGGAAAGUGACAGUGGGGGGAAAACUCAGGGUCUCAGAGCGGUGUACAAGAUAACUGUGAGCAUCUGACAUGAUGCAGCCAUGGAAAAGAUACAUGUCACCCAAUGUGACACAUUGGAGAAAGCAUCUCUAGCAGACAUGGGGAAAUUUUAGCAUAUUAAGGCAUGGGAGGCCUUGCUUGGAAGAUUGUGAACGUUUCCAGUCACUCUCUGAAGGCUGUGUGCAAACUGGGUCGGGUCCAGAGAAGGAGUAUGGGUAUGAUCAAAGAAAUGGAAAGCCUACCUAAUGUGAAGUGAUUAGAGAACUCAAAUGAUAUGACUUUAAACACAGGCUGGAUAAAUGCUGACGUUAAAGCUCAUUUUUGGAACAUGAGUGAAUAGGGGUGAGCUGUGCAUGGAUAAAGAUAAGCUGGAAAUUCAGAGAAUGUUCUUAAACAUCAGAGGACUGAACUUGGGGAAUUAAUUCUGUUAGAAGACAGUUAGCAAGCAACAAGAAAUGUCCAAAUUCUUUGAAAAAACAGGAACAACUUUCUCCUUUGAAGCCAUUUUCUCAUUUAGAGGUGUGGCUCCUGCCUUGGGUUGCUAGCCCUGAAGAAAUCAGUACUGCUGUUGUGGGCAGUGGGCAGGGCUCACUGGGACACGGGGUUAUUAUGGUGGGCUGAUGAAUUCGGAUUUUCUUUGACUGGCAAAACCUCACAGACUCCUGUGCCUCUGUCCUCAGUUCCCCUUGGAAGGCAGGCUCAGUGUGGACUGGCUAGCAAUUCCCCAGGGAAAUGCGAGGGCUAAGGGCAAGCAUUUCCACUGUGCUAACAUAUGUUUUUAUCAGUCUGCUUGGAUUUUUGACCCCUCGUUCAAAAGCUCGUGUAGCUGUUCCCACUGAACAGAAAAGAUGUCGAGUGUAUGUCAGCCUGUAUUGAUCUCUGUGUGUCAGAGAGAUGGUGUUUGACCUUGAAGGAAUGGAGAAUUAUUUUCGUUUUCCUUUAUUAGAAUUUUUACAAAGUUUCAUCAUCUACUUUUCUAUUGGCUCCUGUUUUCUGGUUCCCCCUUGCUCCAGUUGAGCAGACCCAUGCUCUUCUUUGAACUCUGACCAACAUCCCUUUCUCUGCCAUUCCAUAAACAGCCUGGAUGGUGUUGGUGCUGGGUAAGGUUGCCAUGGGAUUUAGAUUUCUGCCACAAACAAUGGAUGAGCAGGGUGGGAAGAUGCUGAACUCCUUUCACCUUGCUCCCUGAGCACAUGGGAAAGAGUGAAGAUGUCCCUGUGGCCAUGGUACAAAUGUGUCCAGAAUGUGUAUCCUAGCCAUGUUCCUGCUGUUGCACCUGCAGAGAGCAAGGUACAGGUUUUCUGCUGCGAUAGAGAGCUUGCUGUUGCUUGUACCACCUUCUGUUUGCUUGAAAAUCAUGGACACACUGAAGCAUCCUGGUGAGAGAGCACGGAGCCUUCUGGAAUCUGAGCGCUCAGGAGUGCCGGAGCAGAGUGUCUGUGCUGUCAGGAGACGGGGAGCGAAGGAUCUGUGGAAAGGUAUCUGAAUCCCCUCAUGAGAAGUGUCCUCCCUGCCUCUCAUGUGCAGCCCUUCCUGUUCAUGGGUGGUACCAGCUUCACUGAUGCCCUGAAGAGUAUUGCUCACCAUGGAUAGUCCACCCAAACUGACUGGUGAGACGCUGAUUGUCCAUCACAUUCCCCUGGUGCAUUGCCAGGUCCCCGAUAGACAGUGCUGCUCCGUGAGCAAAAGGACCAACCCCUUCUGCCAGCCAGAGCUCAGCAUUACACGGACCUCUGCCCUUCCAGACAGAGACCUCUCACAGACUGACUCCUUGGUGUACAGCAGCUUUCUCCAGGCCUCUGAAACCUCGGCAGAGGCCUCAGACAACAAAGAAAGAAAAGCAAGGGAUCUGAUUGUCCCCAGUGUCAGUAAGCGACACAACCCCUUCCUGCUGAAUGAGGGUGAAGACCUCAGUAUUUUUGGGGAUGACUUGGGUCAGAAAUCUUUCCACCUUCACAACUCACUCAUCGAUGGCAAGCCUCCCUUCAAUCUGCAGGAUCUGGCCUUGCCUCCUUUCCACCUUCAUGACUCCAACCACAUUGUGAAAUCCUGGAACAUGGCCAGCCGGUCUGGUGUGGUGGACGGGCAAGAGGACAAGCUCAGUAGUGACGACAUCCAGAAGAGGAACAAUGCCAACAGGUGCCACCAGGCCUCGGAGCGCAUGGAGCUGGAUGAAUGCAGCUGCCAUCGUGGCAGCUCCUCCAACUUCUCCUUUGACAGUGGUGACCAGGAGUGGAACCAGAACGCAGGUGAACCGCUGAGGAAUCAGGAUGCCCUGCACAGGACAUGCAGUUGUUCCAGCUCAGAGAUCCAGCACUGUCGCUGCUACAGUUCAUCAAGUCAGUCUGAAGUGAUUGACCAACAGAUGGGCUACAUCAGUGACUCUUCCUGCAACAGUUCUGAUGGGGUCCUGGUGAGCUUCAGUGCUCUCUACAACAAAAUGAAUGGUCAGUCUCAAUCCAACCUGAAUUCAGCUAAUCUGUCAUGUGACUCUUCCUUCUGCAGCCAUUCAGACACAGGAGCUUUUUACCUGGAUUUACAUUCAUCGCCCACUGAAUCCAAGAUGUCUUGUGAGUCGCAUAACCCAGAAAAUUCAGGGAAGGUGUGUGGGUGUCAACACUCCUCCUCACCUGUCCUUGAUGCUAACUGCAACUCCUACCAUCUCCACUGUGAGCCUUGCACGUCAGAGAGCUCAGACCUCACUGCUUGCUUCCAGAGCCAGGCGCGGCUUGUUGUGGCUACUCAGAAUUACUAUAAGUUAGUCACAUGUGACUUGUCUUCCCAGUCAUCCCCCAGCCCUGCGGGAUCUUCCAUAACUAGCUGCUCAGAGGACCAGACCAAGGGUAGCCCAGCCCAGCCCACAGAAUACUAUCUGUUCAGAAGGCCUGACCUGAGACAAGAAGAAGGCACUGUAGAGUGCAGCGAGGAGGAGCCAAAGGGAGAAUCCAGCCAGAACAUGAUUGAGGGUCAGGUCUAUGUCAAUGUGUCACCUCCAAACCUCAACACAAGCCGGCAGCGCUCCAGGAGCUAUGAUCAGAACCUGGACAGGAGUCCUGGCAGCAGGCUGGGCUCCUUGGAGCGCAUGGUGAGCUGUCCAGUCAAGCUGAGUGAAAGUCCAGCAAUACCCAUUCAGAGCUCUCCCCCCAAGAGGGUGACAUCGUUUGCUGAACUGGCUAAAGGACGGAAAAAGAACGGCACCUCUCCACCGUUCCGCUCUAGUGGUGAUUCUUCCCUGGAGUUCUCUCCUAUCCCUGAGACUCAGCGGGAUUGCCCAGCCUUCCUUGAAGAACGAGCUCGGCGCAGCCAGAGUCUUCCACCUAUGCCCUUCAUCCAUGGCCUGAACCGGAGCUGCGAGGGCUUCUGUUUGAAUCAUGCUUUUGGGGACAGCCAGGCUUUGUGUUCCACCAAGGACUCGGUCUCCAGUGAGAAGGUCCCCAGUGGGCAUGGGGCAGGUGAGCAAGCCUCUCUCUCCCUGCUGACGGAGGCAGAUGCCAGCUUCUCGAGUGGCUCUGCCAGUGGCCAUGGACAAAAAGAUGUUAGAGCUCGAGCAGACGGUAGUGGCACAGACAGCAAGCCUGUGGUACGCUACAGCAAGGACCAGCGUCCCACGACUCUGCCCAUCCAGCCCUUUGUUUUCCAGCACCAUUUCAGCAAGCCACCCAAGGCACGUGCCCUGCACAGCCAUUUUGCCUCCAGCCUUUCCCAGCUCUACAGCUUGUCCAGCAACCGGUCUGCCAGCCAGCAGAUCUCCAGUUCCCAGUCCUUGGCCACCUCGGCAGAGCAGGCAGUGGUGGUGGGGAGCCAAGGCCAUGGCACGCUCGUGACGCAGCGCUCAGCGGACGGAGCUGCCUCACGUGGGGAUGGGGCCGUCAAGAAGCCCGGCCCCGAAACAACCCGUCCAUCCCCGCUGGGCAGUUACUCCCCUGUGCGAUGCAACGUGCCUUUCUUCCAAAGCGUGGACUCCUCUUCCUCGCCCACCGCGGAGAGAGCUGAAGACUGCCAGCCCCCCAGAAGCAGGUCCUGCCCCAUCUCUGCUAACCUGCUUCCCACAAGGUCGUCCCCUGCUGUCAGUGCCAUGCAGCUCUCCAAAGCCACCAAAGCUGACACCCUGAGGCAAAAGGAGAACCCCAAGCUGAUUCCCAAGAAGGAGGCUCCGCUGGAGCCAAGCCCUCCACUCUCUGAAUACCGACUCCACAGUGGAUCCCUCCCGCCCCUCUCGAUGGGUGCCAUGUCCAUGAGCAGAGUAGGAGGCCAUGCAGAUUCACACUGGAGAAGUGGCAGUGAGACCAGCAGCUCUGGUCCCCUGAGCAGCAUGGGAAUACGGCCUGUCAAUGCGAAUCACCUCUCCCCCCAAGCGCUGAAGUGGCGGGAGUACAGGCGGAGGAACCCCCUGGGUCUGGACCGCGUUUCAGGGCUGCCCAGCUUAGCGGGCAGCCUGGACAGAAGGCAGCAAGAGCCUCGGCUGAACCGGGGCAACCCCAUCUUUGAGUUCCCUGGCGCUCUCAGCACCAGCCAUUUCCACUGCAAGCUGAACGGACAGUCUAUGAGGCAACUCCAGCUUACCUACAAUGACUUUUUCCCUGACUACUUCUCGCUAGCAGAGAAACCGCCUGCUGAGUUCUGCCUCUCCCCAGAUGGCAACACAGAGUCCAUCUCCAUUGACUUGCUGCAGAAGAAGGAUCUGGUGAAGGCUAUCAACACUGCUGUUGACCUGAUUGUGGCUCACUUUGGAACCAGCAGGGAUCCAGGGGUGAAGGCCAAACUUGGGAACAGCUCUGUGAGCCCCAAUGUGGGGCAUCUCAUCCUGAAAUACCUGUGCCCCGCUGUCCGGGACAUCCUGAGUGAUGGGCUCAAGGCUUACGUCCUGGACAUGAUCAUUGGCCAGAGGAGGAACAUCCCCUGGAGCGUGGUGGAGGCAUCCACCCAGCUAGGCCCCUCUACAAAGUUGCUGCACAGCCUCUACAGCAAGAUCAGUCAGUACACAGAGCUCACCAACCACACCAUGAGGUUCAACGCGUUCAUCUUCGGCCUCCUCAAUAUCCGGUCCUUGGAGUUCUGGUUCAACCACCUUUACAACCACGAAGACAUCAUCCUGGCACACUACCAGCCAGUGGGCUUCUUGUGCCUGUCUCACAGUGUGUGCCAGCCUCUUUUUGAGGAGCUCCUGCUCCUGCUCCAGCCUCUCUCCCUGCUGCCCUUCAACCUAGACCUCCUGUUUGAGCACCACCUGAUGCAGAUGGGCAAAGAGCAGCAGCAGCAAAAGGAGCUGCUGCGUGUGAAGCAGGACCUGCUGCUCUCCGUGCACUCCACCCUGCAGCUGAUGCGGACCCGGGGCAGCAGUGAGGAUCCUGAUGGCUGCAGCACUGCCCCUGAAACAUGCCAAGGGGCUGCCAGAGGUGGUGACAUCUCACCAGGGCACAGCCCACAGCAAGCCGUGGGUGAGAAGAGGGUCAAGGGAGUGGGGGCCUCCUGCGGAGAAGGUGACAGGGAGGAAGAGCAGAGCAAGGUGCGAGAGAGCACGUGGGAGGGGAAGAAGGACAAGCAGGCAGGCUGGUGGUACCAGCUCAUGCAAACCUCUCAGAUUUACAUCGAGAGCUCAGCCGAAGGCUCCAAGUUCAUCCGCUCUGAGAAGAAGAAGGCGGCUUUGAAUCCUGCGCCCCGGUCAGUGCAGACCCACAAGACACCACCUCCCCGGGAAGGGGUGGUGGAGGGUGCAGAGGCUUGUCCCAUUGCUGAGGGCACCUUGGAGGAGAGGCCCAAGGCGGCCAGCAAGCCAAGUCCUGAAGCCUUGCAAGAGCCCUUGGAAAAGCCCCAGCAGGGAGUGGUCGGCGAAGAGGUGAAGGAACGGAGCUGGCCCUUCUGGAUGGGCAGCCCCCCAGACUCUGUGCUUACAGAGCUGAAGCGCAGCAAGGAGAAGGAGGCUCAGCAAAGAGUGGCAGCAGCAGCAGAAGCAGCCCCCCAAGAGGACAGCAGCACCAGUGCAUCAGAGGGCAGCCAAGCCAUCAAGUGGGGACACUUGUUUGGGUCCAGGAAGGUACAAAAAGAGCCAAGGCAAUCAAACAGGUUGCCCUCUGGCUGGCUGAGCUUGGACAAGUCUGUGUUCCAGCUGGUGGCCCAGACAGUUGGGGCUAGCAUGUGGCGUGAAGCAGCCCCGGAGCCAGAGCCUCCCCAUCCAGAACCACCCGAGGCACCUGCUGUGGCACGACCAGCCGGGGGGGUGUCUCCUCACCCUACCUGGUGAGUGACACCAAGUGGACAAUCCUGCAGGUGCUGGAAU